AUUUCACCAUACUAUUAACUAUAAGAUCUAAUAAACUAUAUUACCUUAGUAUAAAAAUACGAUUAAUAUAUCAAUAAAAUCGAAUUCGUUUCUUAAAGGUAUAUUUAUCAUGUUCCAAAACAUUGAUCUCUUGCAUCUCUAAUUUACCCUAAUGAAAAGGGGCACCUUGAGAUAAAGGAAACAUAUUGCGUCACUUUACGAAUUGAUCGUAUUAACUGAAAGUUUUCAUCUAGAUUAUAAUUCCAUAAUAACAGGAUAAUGGCAAGUGAAGUUUUAUGUAAACCGGACCCGUCAUACAUCAUGGAUAUUAAAACUCCAAGGCACAAUUUUCUUUCGGCUCGUUAUAAACAAAGUUUUGCCUAUAAAACAAUGAAAUUCCGAUUGCCGCAAAUACUACAAAAUACUAUUGGAGACAUAACAAAUAACUGUGAAAAUAUAAUCGCUGAGUUUGGAGAGGUAAUGCGAAAUGACAUCCUUACUAUUGUAGACAAGAUUUUACAAUUAAAAUGUAUACUGGAAAACGAUCACGUCAUGGAAACAUUUGAGGGAAUCGAUGGUGACAAGAGGCUUUGGAAUAGUUUUCUUAACGACCUGGACGAUGACUCAAACACAUUUUUUAAAGCAUGUUGGCUAUAUUCUGAAUGCUAUAUAUACCGACGUUUAUAUUACUUCUUUGAAAAUCAUAAAGUACUUAAAGCAUACGACUAUUUUUCACAAAACAAGCAAAAUGCCUUUGUAAUUAGCGUAGAACCAAUGCUUGAAAUUAUUCAUGGUCUUGAAAGCAUGAAAACCUGUAUAUCCGAUGAUAAUUUACAAAUUUUAUUGAAGCUCAAUUUAUGGGGAAACCGCUGUGAUUUGUCCAUAUCUUCGGGUAAAGAAGUAAAACUUAAUGGAAAUCCAUUCGAACUUGUUAAAAACUUGGAUAAAAGAGUCAUUAUUGACGAAAGCUCUCAAGUUAUUGAAAUUUUGAAAUCAGCAGACCGGCGAAAUGACAUUGUUAUUGAAUUUAUUUGUGAUAAUGCUGGUUAUGAACUUUUUACCGAUUUCAUACUCGCCGACUAUUUAAUCGAAAGUAAAUUAGCUGACAAAGUUCGAUUUAACUUAAAAGCUAUACCUUGGUUUAUAUCAGAUGCAACUAUCAAUGACUUUCGUUGGAGUUUACAAUUUAUGAAGGAUCAUGCAACGCCUGUUUUACGAGAGUAUGGAAAAAAAUGGCAAAAGUUUGUUGUAGAAAAUAAAUUCGAAGUGGCUAAUAUUAAUAAUUUCUGGACAAGUCCCUAUGAAUAUUAUAGGAUGUCUGAAAUUGAUCCAGAUUUGUAUAAAAGGCUUUCUAUAUCACAUUUAGUAAUUUUCAAAGGCGAUCUUAACUACCGAAAACUUAUCAGCGACUUCUCCUGGGAUUUCACAGAAUCAUUUGAUACAUGUCUGAGAGGUUUUCUGCCGACAAAUAUUUGCAGUUUACGUACAGUUAAAGCUGAUGUGAUAUGUGGACUUUUAGAAGGGCAAUCCGAUAUUUUAGAAAAAGAAAGUAAGGAUUGGAUGAUAACUGGUGAAUAUGGCACUAUACAAUGUGCAAACAAAAUCAAAUAUUUAAAUGACACGUAAUAAGAAGUUGCAUUCGAUUUAUAUUGAGUAUAAGAUAACAAACAUAUAAUAAAAAUGCCAAAUACUGGGUAAAUUCAAAUAUGCAUGGAAAUAUAAAA